GAGAGAGAGCAUUGCACUGUGAAAAUUAGAGCAGUAGGCGGCACUAUUGACAUUAACAUACGUUCUCCAGAUGUUGUAUUGUUUUGUUGCAGCCAAAGGAUGCUUUAUUCCUGUUAUUAAACCAUGAUUCAUGAAAACUUCAUGAAGGGCACAAAAACAGAAUCACAACAGAAUUAGUUAAUUAGGUGCUCUUCAUAUAGGGGAGUAGCAUCUUCUUCACACGGAGAAACACAGGGAGGAAGAGAGAAAACAAGCAGCAAAGGCAGGAUCUUUAACUAAGCUGUGAUAUGACUAGGCUUUUCCUCUUUUCAUUAGUCAUGGUGAUCAUUUACCAAAAUAGGACUUUUGGAAAACCUGUUUAUGGGGACCUAGCAUCCACUCAGCUGGUUGAUUUUUCAGAUGCUGAAUAUCCAGUCAGUGACAUACAAGCCAAGAGGAACUCCUAUCAGGCGAGCCAAGAUGCCGAUAGCCCCAAUUCUGCAGAGCAAUCCAGUCUCUGCUACUUCAUCCAGCAGAGCGAGAUUGAGAGUCAGAUCUCCUGCAGACUGCGAUUCACCAGGAGCAAGUUUAAUUUUAACCCUUUUGGACUUCGGUUUGGGAAAAGGCAACAAGUCAGCUUGGCCAGCAAAAGGGAUCCAAUCACUUUGAGCAGUGUCAAAAAAUUACCAUCCCUAUUAAAGUUCAAACUAAACCAAAUGGUGCCCUGGUGUGGAGACUUUGGGGAGCAGGAUUGUUAAGAGCACAAAAUCUGUUCUAAGAAUGGUGCCCAGCAUUUUCAAAAGUGAUUAGUGAUUUUUGGGUGCCUUGAAUUGUGCAUCAUCAAACUUGAGAUAUCGAAAGAGACCCACUUUUCAGAGGACGGGUGCUCUGUACUUUCUGAAAUUCAGGCCCCUAUAAGGUGUCUCAAGUUGUGCACACUGAAAUUGAGACAUAGAAAAUCACUCAUCACUUUAGAAAACAUAGGCCUAUAUAGGUAUAUAUACAUAAUUUUUCUUUUAAAACAUGAUUUUCCAGUUGAUGUCUGAUAUUAGUGAGAAAAAGGCAGUUGCAACUCCAAUGCAAUACUGUUGUGCCUGUCUUCCCUAUUGUACUAUGUCACAGCCACCUGCAAGACAUUACUUACUAUUUAUUUAUUUAUUUUGGUCAACAAAAUGUUUGUAUUUUGUUUAUAUACAACUGAGGAUUUUUCAGCAUUGUGACUUCAAAUGUUACAUCAUUCCUUAUCUACAAAUGGUGAUCACAAUAAAGUGACUGAAAUGCUACUGCCCU